GAGAAGAUGGCGGCUAUCGUGGAGAGAGUUGAGGGAGGUGGAGGGUCUGUUGAUUCCGACUCGGUUUCGCCCAGAUUGCCCUCUCCACCGCCCGAUCAGCCUCACCAGAACAACCCGCUCCUCGGACUUCCCAUCGUGGCCGUCGAGACCAUUUUAAAUUUCCUGUCCUAUGAUGAAAUCAGUGUGCUGCGCCUGGUAUGUAAGCGCAUGGACAUGAUUUGUCAACGUAUGCUUAACCAAGGUUUCCUCAGAGUGGAGCGUUAUCACAGCCUCUGUCAAAAACAAGUCAAAGCCCAGCUGCCCAGGCGGGAAUCUGAGAGGAGGAACCACUCCCUAGCUCGCCAUGCAGACAUCUUAGCUGCAGUGGAAACACGCCUAUCCCUGCUCAAUAUGACCUUCAUGAAAUAUGUGGACUCCAGUCUGUGCUGCUUCAUACCUGGCAAGGUGAUAGAUGAAAUUUACCGAGUAUUACGCUAUGUAAACUCGACUCGUGCACCACAGAGGGCUCAUGAGGUGCUUCAAGAGCUGCGGGACAUCUCAUCCAUGGCCAUGGAGUACUUUGACGAGAAGAUUGUCCCCAUCCUUAAGAAGAAGCUCCCAGGUGCUGACCUGUCUGGCCGCCUUAUAGGAUCUGCACCUGUGGCCGGGCCGUCCAGCUCUCUUAGCACCAUGACGCUGCUGGCUAAAAACGCGCCGUCCCGCACGGAGAUGAUCAAGGUGCAGCAGCAGGUGAAGGUGAACGGAGCAUCCAUGACAGCGCUGCGGCGUGAGAUGCAGGAGGUUCGUGUCAAGCAGCUGGAGCAGCAGAAGCAGCUGCAGGACCAGGAGCAGAAGCUGCUGGAACAGACGCAGGUAAUCGGCGAGCAGAACGCACGCCUUGCUGAGCUCGAGCACAAGCUGCGCGAACUCAUGGAGAGUGCCGUGGGUGCCAGUGCACCUCGGGCCAUGCCCACUUCCUCCUCUUCCUCCUCAACUUCCUCAUCUACUGGCGACGUAGCCAUAGCAUCCACUUCUUCAGUCAGCCUGGGCACAACAGCAGCGAGCAUAGUGGAGGAAGGUGGCAUCCCUGUCAAACGGCGCCGCAAGAAUUCAGACCUACCACGCCACUCCAAACGCCUGCGGAGCAAGAAGUAAAGGGAUGUCUUUUAGUUUUGAUGGGUUGCUCCUUUUCUUUUUUUUUGGGGGGGGUGUUAUUGGAGGGUCUUUUCUAGCUUUCUCCAAUCUGUUUUCUUUGCACCCGCCCACAUUUGGCACGAAACCUGGACAGAGCGUGAUGGAUAUCUGCUUUCGUUUUUAUGUGUUUUAAGCAAAUGCUAUUGUGUCCCUUUGUAUCAUACACUAAUACGCCUGAAGGCUGAUGGUGUAAUGGCUUUAGGUGACCAUGGAUGCAAACGGCGCGCCUUUUGGCGGAUGCCGCCUUUUUCACGGCCGUCUGGGGGACUUGUGUGAAUCGCGCAGAUCCGAUGAUUUUUUUUGGGGGGGCGUUGGAGUGUCUGAUUAUAUCAAGUCAUUAGUUUUCUUUUGUUACAGACAUGUAAGAGUUUUUUCCUUUACCUGACAUGUUUCGACGGUGUAACUUCCGUCUUCAUCAGAGGGUCACCCGGAUGUUGGUGUGUGACGUGCUUUUAUAAUCAGCUGAUGUUACAUGAAACCUGUCAGGUAAAGGAAAAAACUUUUACAUGUCUGUAACAAAAGAAAACUAAUGAC